CAAAAAUGACAAGACAACUUAUCGAGCGAGAUCAAUGACAAAAACACAAUAUUUAUUUGCGGAAAUACUAUAGAUUUUAGUGGUUUAGCUGUAAGAACUUAAUUAAAUCAAGUAUAAAAUGUUUUGUUGUCUUAAGGGAUGUCUGAACGGCUUCACUCUCACCCCAAGUGUGCCGGUGCGACUGAAAGAAAACCCCGUGCAGCUGGAUGCUCUUCAUAUGGGUCACGAGGUGGUGGUGGUGAAGGGUGGUAGCCGCGUGUGUGGCUCCGGGUGUGCCCUCGGCAACGCCCCGCUGGUGCAGAACAAGGCAUACUUCGAGGUGAAGCUGCAGCAGGGUGGGGUGUGGGCGGUGGGGCUCGCCACAAGAGACACUGACCUCAAUAGAGUACAUGGCGGCGUGGACAAGGAGUCGUGGUGCCUGAACAGCGACGGCACGGUGCGGCACACCAACGAGGAGCUGUACCAGCUACGACCCGCGCGCGACUCACCCACGGCGGACCUGCUCAACACGCCCGCCGUCAACGAGAAUGGCGGUGACCAGACGGAUCACAAGGCUGAGGACACGGCGGCCGUGAUGCCGACAGAGGGCGACACCAUCGGCGUGGCGUACGACCACGUGGAGCUGAACUUCUUCCUCAACGGCCGCAGCCUCGAGGUGCCCGUGCGCAGCGUGCGCGGCACCGUCUACCCCGCGCUCUACGUGGACGACGGCGCCAUACUGGACAUAAUUCUGGACAACUUCCUGUACCCGCCACCGUCGGGCUACGAGAAGAUCAUGGUAGAGCAAUCUCUACUCUAACAUACGAGGCCUAAAGAGCGAAAUUACCCUGUGUGAGUGAAUGAACUCUUAAAACUUAUCUCCCUAAGUAAGAACUGACGACAAAAGCGCGAGUGAUGGACACUGAUCUUUGUGUUGUAAUGUGUGCUACUAUCAAGACUAUUGUAUGUCAUAUUCGCAGUAUUCGUUAUAGUUGUUUACUGGUAUGAGAGUUUAGAUUAUGAAUAUAAUGGCGCUGUCUAAUGUAUUAAAUCAGCAGAACACAGAUUUUGUGUUAGCGAGCGGUCUCACGGUCUCACCAUAAUUCUCUGUAAGGACAGUUUCGGGUUUUUUCUUAUUCUGAGCCACUGCUUAUUCUGAGUUUUGUACUCUACUUUGUGCCCUGCCUACCUUUUUAAACAUUUCGGUAAGGCAAAUCUUAUGAAUUUAUGAUGGAUCUAAACCAGUAGUAAGAUUAAGUACUGAGAGCUGAUCCUACCGAUGGCUCUAAGCUAUUA